GAUGUCGCUACUGAAGUUCUUUUGUGAUUUUGCUUGUAAUCAGAAAGAACGUAACCUCAAAGAAUCCUAAAGAUCAAAACAACAGAACUGUUAACUUCGGUAAGAACGAACGUUUGACGAUUAAAGUGAGCAAUUAAGACAACUUAACAUGCCGGAUCAUCUAGGAGAAGAUAUGCGGAAGGUAAAGAACGAAGAGGAGAAAGAAGAAAAGGAGAUAAAAUCACUGGAUGAAGGCGACAUCGCUUUGUUAAAGACUUAUGGCCAAGGACAAUAUACGAAGAGUAUUAAGACUGUUGAGGAGGAUAUCCAAACAAUUAUCAAACGUGUAAAUGAAUUAACUGGGAUCAAAGAAUCUGAUACUGGUCUAGCACCACCAGCACUUUGGGACUUAGCAGCUGACAAACAAACUUUACAAAAUGAACAACCUCUGCAAGUAGCACGCUGUACCAAAAUCAUAAAUGCAGAUUCUGACGAUCCAAAGUAUAUAAUAAAUGUAAAGCAGUUCGCAAAGUUUGUAGUUGACUUGGCAGAUUCUGUAGCACCAACAGAUAUAGAAGAAGGUAUGAGGGUAGGAGUAGAUCGCAACAAGUAUCAAAUUCAUAUUCCUCUGCCAUCCAAAAUUGAUCCUACCGUAACAAUGAUGCAAGUGGAAGAGAAGCCUGAUGUUACGUAUAGCGAUGUUGGUGGCUGCAAAGAGCAAAUUGAAAAAUUGAGAGAAGUUGUUGAAACGCCACUAUUACAUCCAGAGAAAUUUGUCAAUCUUGGUAUUGAACCACCAAAAGGUGUUUUAUUGUUUGGACCUCCAGGCACAGGAAAGACUUUAUGUGCUAGAGCGGUAGCUAACAGAACAGAUGCCUGUUUCAUUCGUGUCAUUGGUUCAGAAUUAGUUCAGAAAUAUGUUGGUGAGGGUGCUAGAAUGGUAAGAGAACUGUUCGAAAUGGCACGAAGUAAAAAGGCAUGUUUAAUUUUCUUCGAUGAAAUCGAUGCCAUUGGCGGUGCUCGUUUUGAUGAUGGUGCUGGUGGUGAUAAUGAAGUACAACGUACUAUGUUGGAGUUAAUAAAUCAACUAGAUGGAUUUGAUCCGCGUGGCAAUAUAAAAGUUUUAAUGGCGACAAAUAGGCCGGAUACGUUGGAUCCCGCCUUAAUGCGACCGGGUCGUUUGGACAGAAAGAUAGAAUUUGGUUUGCCAGAUCUUGAGGGACGCACGCACAUUUUCAAGAUUCACGCACGUUCGAUGAGCGUCGAAAGGGACAUCAGGUUUGAAUUGCUCGCUCGUUUAUGUCCUAAUAGUACAGGCGCUGAAAUACGAUCGGUCUGUACCGAAGCUGGUAUGUUUGCGAUCCGUGCACGACGUAAAGUUGCAACGGAGAAGGAUUUUCUCGAGGCAGUUAAUAAGGUUAUUAAAUCAUACGCCAAAUUUUCUGCAACACCAAAGUAUAUGACCUACAAUUAGAAUUCAUUCGCAAAAUAUUUAAAUUUUGCGUUCAGUAAGUUAUCAGCAAGUCAUAUAAAUCUUAUAAUUAUUUUUA